GUUAUGCUAUUUCGAUAAUAACUACUUAAUUAAUCAAUAUUACUUCCUAUAUAUAGUAGGCUUGCGGACCGAACACAACAUAUCGUGAGAUUUAAGAAACAUCCAAGUCCAAGAUAACGGACAGAACACAUGGCAGAAUCAACAACACAUCAUCAUGUGGUCCUCUUCCCAUACAUGUCAAAAGGCCACACCAUCCCUCUCCUCCAGUUCGGUCGUCUCCUCCUCCGUCACCAACGCAAAGAACCAACCACUUCCUCCAUCACCGUCACCGUCUUCAGCACACCCAAGAACCAACCUUUCGUCUCAGAGUUCCUCUCCGACACACCCGAGAUCAAAGUCAUCUCUCUCCCUUUCCCGGAAAACAUCUCCGGGAUCCCUCCCGGCGUCGAGAGCACGGACAAGCUCCCUUCCAUGAAACUUUACGUCCCAUUCACGCGUGCCACGAAGCUUCUCCAACCAUUCUUCGAAGAAACACUCAAGAAUGAUCUUCCACAAGUUUCCUUCAUGGUCUCCGAUGGCUUCCUCUGGUGGACAUCGGAAUCUGCAGCUAAGUUCAAGAUUCCUAGGUUGGUCUUCUACGGCAUGAACUCUUACGCCUUCGCCGUCUCCAUCUCCGCCAACAAACACAAAAUGUUCACCGAGCCGGCAACUAAAUCUGAUACCGAGCCGGUUACUAUACCGGACUUUCCUUGGAUCCAGGUCAAAAAGUGUGAUUUUGACAAUAAUGCUUUCGAUCCGGACAAGCCGGAUCAAGCGCUCGAGCUAUAUAGGGAACAAAUCAUGUCGACCACUACAAGCCAUGGGUAUUUAGUGAACAGCUUCUACGAACUUGAGUCAAAAUUCGUUGACUACAAUAACUCUAAUGGACACAAGUCGUGGUGUGUCGGGCCAUUGUGUUUGGCAGAUCCUCCUAAACCGAAGAAGAGUGCUAAACCGGCUUGGAUCCAUUGGUUGGAUCGGAAGCGAGAAGAAGGGCGUCCAGUUUUGUACGUGGCUUUUGGAACACAGGCAGAGUUAUCGGACAAGCAGCUAAUGGAACUAGCUUUAGGGUUGGAAGAUUCAAAGGUGAACUUUAUGUGGGUCACGAGGAAAGAUGUGGAAGAGAUACUUGGAGAAGGAUUUAAAGAUAGAAUAAGAGAGAGUGGGAUGAUAGUGAGAGAUUGGGUAGACCAAUGGGAGAUAUUGUCACAUGAGAGUGUCAAAGGAUUCUUGAGCCAUUGUGGUUGGAACUCAACGCAAGAGAGCAUAUGCGUUGGCGUCCCGUUGCUAGCUUGGCCGAUGAUGGCCGAGCAACCUUUCAACGCAAAGAUGGUUGUGGAGGAAAUAAAGGUUGGAGUAAGAGUUGAAACUGAAGAUGGGAGUGUGCGAGGAUUCGUGACAAGAGAGGAACUAAGUAGAAAGGUUAAAGAACUAAUGGAAGGAGAAACGGGAAAAAUCGCAAGAAAGAAUGUAAAACAAUACUCGAAAAUGUCAAAAGCAGCCUUGGUCGAAGGGACUGGUUCAUCUUGGAAGAACUUAGAUUUGAUUCUUGAAGAUUUAUGUAAGAGUAGAGAGUCAAACGGUGCUAGUAAAUAGAGAAAUGGGUUUGAGGAUUGGAUAACUUAACCGGCUUUAGACCGUGUCCAUUUACUAAAACCAGUACACCCAUUAUACAUCAUGUAUUCAUGUACAAGUCUCGGUUUAAGUUGAAAACUUGAUCUUGAUAAAAAUACUAGACAUUUCAUUUGAUGGUUUUGACUAAUAUUUUAGUUUA